CACCCAAUCAGUUCGAUAGUCAGGCCAUAUUUCUCCCCUGGCGGGUGGCCAGCCAUUAGGUAGCGCCGACGCAGGCGCUUGGGGCUUUUCGGCUAACUAACCCAGGAACUUCUUAAAAUAACCGGUUACAACCUUCCACUUCCACACGCACAAGAGGGGCUAUUCCUAAAAUGCAUUCCUAUAUGGGAUAGGCAGGCGGCACUCGACACUAUCAUAGCCCUGCUCGGCGCUUACAAGCAAGCCCCUUAUGGCCGCCUCAGUAACCCAGAGCAGCAUGUUCCCGCGUCUUGGUGACCGAGGAGAGUCGCCGGCUCGCUUCCAGCAGGCCGCCCUCACCGGCCUCCCCACCUACGCGCUUGACAUCCACUGUCGCAAGCAGUCAAUCCGUUGAUGACUUCUGUACAGAAAUGGGUACAGGCAUUGAAUAGCCAGAAAGAGACAACAUGGCUAUAAAGGGCCUCUUGCUCUCCAGCUUCCGUACUAGCUGGUCCGGACCAUUCGAACAACGCCUCUUACUCUCGGUAUCUUUGGUUACCUAGUAACUCCAUCUGCAACUCGCCGCCGUGUCAACAUGUCAUUCAACAGGGUUAUCGCCAAGAAAUUCCUUGGGACCGUCCUCACCUCCAGCGGGAAGCUCAUCAAUAUUUCCGCCGCCACCGAGACCGAUACCUGGAGAAGACCGGAUUGGGCGGCCGAGAAGGUGAAACCUGACUUGGAGGAAGCUGUUCCGGCCAACGAGCAUGUUCUUCCCCCAGACACAGUCGAGGUCUGCGCCCGCGAAGGCGUCCAUAGCAGCGCUUCCGACAAAAGGUCGCACAUCACCGCCGUAGCCUAUAAUGGCACAGGGAAAGCUCAGACUGUGCAUCUGGCAACGCAGAAGAAGUGAUCCCAGCUGUGGUCGCUGUUGUAUCAGGUACAUAAACACGAGGAUGGAGGACUGGAGACUGAAGAUGUAUAGGCUGGUCUGGGGAACUGUUCAUGUAGUGGGAUGAUGGUUCACAACCCUUGGCGUCGGAU